UGUAAUGCAGAGGUAGAUUUCAGCAAAAACAAGAAGGCGAAAACACCUCGGGCCUGGUCUGCAUUCCGAAAAAUAAAAAUAAGAAUUUCACAAAAUAAGAGUUGCAUUUCAUGUAGUGGAUAGUGAUUAAGGUGUGGGAUGGAUACCUAGGACUGAAAAUAUUGAUUGUAUAUUAGUAGCAAAAUAUAGCGAUGGAAAUUGCCGUCAGAAGAAAAACCUGGAGUAGCAACGGGCAAGUAAUGCUUUGGAUAAUUUUCCUUUACAUUUGUUACUUCGCUAACGGACAACUUCGAUAUUCUGUUCCGGAGGAGAUGGUGAAAGGCUCCGUGAUCAGCAAUGUAGCCACGGAUCUGGGGAUUGACGGUAAAAGACUAAAAAGUGGCCGAGCUCGGAUCGUUGCCGGAGACAGCAGUCGGUACGUGGAGCUGAACACAGACAAAGGAAUAUUGGUGGUCAAUGAGAGAAUAGACAGGGAGACGAUUUGCAAUCAAAUAUCUCCUUGCAGUUUUAAUAUUGAGAUUAUUCUCGAAAAUCCAAUCCACUUGCAUAGGGUUACUAUAGAAAUCAUAGAUAUAAACGAUCAUGCUCCGGCAUUUCCGAAGGAUGAAAUGAAGAUUGAGAUCAGUGAGGCGGCGUUACCCGGUGUGCGCUUUUUGCUGGACAGCGCUUAUGAUCCCGAUGUCGGUAUUAAUACCAUACAGAGCUACAGUCUAAAUCCGACUGAUAACUUCGUAUUGAAACAGGAGACCCGUCCUGAUGGUACUAAAUAUAUUGAGAUGAUGCUACAGUCCCCCGUAGACAGAGAGAAACAGGAGGACUUGUCUCUAACAUUAACUGCUAUAGACGGAGGUCACCCACCGAGGUCUGGUGCGAUGAGAAUAAAUGUAAAGGUUUUGGAUGCAAAUGAUAACGCUCCAGUGUUUACCAAGAAGCUCUAUAGAACCGAAGUUGCAGAAAAUUCGGCCAAAGGGAUAUUUGUGACAAAAGUAAGUGCAACCGAUUCGGAUAAGGGCGUUAAUGGUGAAGUGACAUACGCCUUCAGACAUAUCACAGACAAACAUAGUGACGUAUUCGCAAUAGAUGAAAAAUCCGGAGAGAUUUUUGUUAGUGGAAGUGUGGAUUUUGAAAGUAUGCAGAAAUACGAAAUAAACAUUGAAUCUAGAGAUCGCGGUGGUUUGACAGAUUCUUGUGCACUUACGAUUGAUAUAGUAGACGUGAAUGAUAACAUUCCCAUUAUAACGUUAACAUCAUUCACUAAUCCAAUUUCCGAAGACGCUUCACCGGGAACUACUGUCGCAGUUAUUAACGUUAAAGACUUUGACUGGGGAGAAAAUGGCGAAGUCACAUGUGUGAUUGCUGAAAAUAGCCCAUUUGUAAUAAGACCGUCUUUAACAAAUUAUUUCAUAUUACAAACUGAGGAAUAUCUGAACCGAGAAACAAAUUCAGAAUAUAACAUUACAAUCAAAGCUGCGGACCACGGCUCACCCUCUCUCUUUAGUAACAAGAUGUUACAUAUCAGAGUAUCCGAUGUCAAUGAUAAUGCACCAGUAUUUGAACACCGGUCUUACUCUAUUUAUUUAACGGAGAACAACACACCCGGUGUUUCCAUUUUCACUGUAAAAGCGAAUGAUGCCGACUGCUGCCAGAACGCGCGCGUCUCCUACCUGCUGGAGGACUCGGAGGUCAACGGUGUGCCCGCCUCUUCUCUCGUGUCAGUAAAUGCCGAAAACGGGGUUAUUCACGCCGUGCAUUCUUUCGAUUAUGAGAAACUUAAAGAGUUUCAAGUUAAAGUGAGAGCUCAAGACGCGGGCUCACCUCCAUUAAGUGGAAAUGCUACAGUUCGCAUUAUCAUCCAGGACCAGAACGACAACGCGCCUCAGAUCCUCUACCCAGCACAGACCGGUGGCUCCUCAGUGGCUGAGAUGGUGCCUCGUUCAGCUGAUGUGGGCUAUCUUGUCACUAAAGUGGUGGCCGUCGAUGUGGACUCUGGACAGAAUGCCUGGCUCUCAUAUAAACUGCAGAAAGCGACAGACAGGGCGCUGUUUGAAGUGGGCUCACAAAACGGGGAAAUCAGAACUAUACGCCCGGUCAGUGAUAAAGACGCCAUGAAACAAAGACUUACUGUUAUUGUGGAGGACAACGGACAGCCGUCUCGCUCAGCUACAGUCAACGUUAAUGUGAUGGUGGCGGACAGCUUCCCUGAAGUACUCUCGGAAUUCAGUGACAAUACUCACGAUAAGGAUUACAAUGACAACCUGACUUUUUAUUUAGUUCUGGCUCUGGCUGUAGUGUCCUUCCUCUUCAUUUUAUCUUUAGUAGUUAUUAUAUCUGUCAAAAUCUAUAGAUGGAGACAAUCACGCAUCUUUUAUCAGUCCAAUCUGCCAGUUAUACCGUAUUAUCCAACACUUUACUCAGACGCCGGAGGUACAGGGACUUUACAGCAUAUGCACAACUACGAGGUGUAUAUGACGACUGACUCCAGGAAGAGUGACUGUAAGUUUGUCAGACCUAGUAGUCAGAACAUUUUAAUAAUGGAUCCCAAGUCUGCCGAAACAAUGAAGUGCACAAGGAAUGAAAAAAGCAUUUUUGAUGAGACGGAUUUGUUCCUGCAGACUAUUUUGUCUGAUUAG